UUAAGUUCUCGAUUGGAUGAAACUGUCAACAGCUGAUACCUACCAGAGGCAGAGUUGGAAAAAUCGCAGUAUACUCCACUUAUAACUAUCGACUAAUUCGAUCGAUACAUUAUGUCUGUUCCGCAUGCGACCGCAUGACAUCUGAUUAGAAACUGAACCCUGACAUGCCGCGGUUGUGUAGACACUGAUAUUGGACUCUGUACAAAUUUUAACGACAAUUGAGAACGUAUUUCUGCUUAACCGUGAAUGUUGAAUUGUAAUUGAAAUCGUUCUAGAGAGCUCUGUUCUCCUUUAAUUACAUGAAUUCAUAUGUCCGUCCCUUAACCAAGGUACUCUAAUAAACAUGUUGGAAAGAAUGUAUCCAUCAAAUCAUAAAACUGUUUUUGUCCUGGAUCAUACACCAUAUUUCGGCAUUUCUUGUGAAUAUCAAAUUGAAUUUGAUUUCACAAAAUCCAGAGGUCCCGGUUUCAUUCCUUUGGCUCCUAUCUCAAAGUCGUUGUGGACUUGUAGUGUUGAAGCUGCAGUGGAGUAUUGUCGAAUAGUAUGGGAUUUGUUUCCAACAGGAAAAUUGGUGCGUUUUGUGGUCAGUGAUUCAACAUCUCAUGUUCUUAACUCAUGGACACCUUCACAGCAGAAUUUGACAUUUAUUCUCAAUGCAAUGGCAACAAUGGGAAUUCCACCUCGAGCACAUCAAGCAGGUGAUUAUUCAGUCAUUCAUGGUUUGCGUGCAGCAAUUGAAGCAUUAUGUGAGUGUUCAGACAUACAACAUGAAAAACGAACUUCACUUACUGAAAACGCUAGUAAGGUAUUAAAUCGGUGUCGAGUAAUUUGUAUUACCUCAGCCCGUGAUAAUGCAAGUAUAAAAAGUCUCGAAGAUAUUUUCCAAAAUGUUGUAAUUCAGCAGAAUAAAAUUGCAGCAGGUUCAGACCAUCUUAUAACUGUUCAUCACUGUCACUUGGUUGUAAUAAAUGCUUUCCCAAAUAAUAUGGAGAGUCAAGUUACUGGACAUGGCCCAAAAGAUCUUUCUGCAAUUUUGACUUCAGAGGUCCAUUCUGUACAAGCUGGAGGAGGCAUUGCAGCAAAACUCUCUCAUUUAAUUUUAAAUCACUACGAUCUUGCUUCAACAACUGUUACUGGAAUACCAAUGAAAGAAGAACAGAAUGCCAGCUCAUCUGCCAACUAUGAUGUUGAAAUAUUUCAUUCAUCAGCAGCCCAUACUUCUAUUCUUAGAGGAAAUGCAGCAGAUUCAGCAUUAAUCCGUACUCAGAGGGAAGGAGCCGACUAUGAGACUGUAACUCUGAAGUGUCGCCCUUCAUCCUGUUUAAUCAAUUUCUUGUUGAAUGGGAGAUCAGUAAUGUUAGAAAUGCCUCGAAAAGCUGGUGGGAAAAUGAUAUCACAUUUAUUAGCAGCACAUGGUGGUGAAAUCUUUGUCCAUACAUUGGUCACUGCUAGGAGUGUUUUGGAAGAUCCACCAUCAAUAAGUGAAGGUUGUGGAGGAAGAGUAACUGAUUAUAGAAUUACUGAUUUUGGUAUAUUAAUGCAAAAUAAUAAGUUAGUUCCUUCAAAGCGUAAAAUGGAUGAAGGUGAUGCAGAAAUGCCUCUUAAUAAAAUGAGAGGACGCCUUGAUCGACAUACCAAAUACUGGCCUAUUACUAUUUCAUCAACUUUAAUUUUCAACUUGAAGAAUUAUGUUGAUCCAUUACCAUCAUUGCUUUUAAAAGAAGAGUUAUCAGAUGAAGAAGUGGUGCAGUGUAAACAAAUAAUAUACAAUCUCAUUGGUCUUGAAUCUAAACAUGAAGCUCUCCAAACUCCAGCUAUGGGGCAAAGAGGAAAGGGUCCAAGAAGGGAAGAGCAAUAUAGAAUAAUGUGGAGUGAGUUAGAAACUUUUAUUCGCACUCACUGUCGCUCAGAUCAACAUAGUCGAGUUCUUAAUUGUUUAUUGGAGUGUCGUAACAAGUCUGAUGAUGAGAAAUUUAAAGGUGAUAAAGCGGUGAAAGAAGAUAAGGUUGAGUUAGAUCAAGCUCUUCGAGAAUUAGAUCAGUUUGGAAAACUGAGUGAAAAUCAAUCAUCAGAAUAUGUUUCAAGAGCUAGUGUCAUUAGAGCUACUACUGAUUCACCCAUGUCACCUCCUCCAGUGUCAGUCACUACACCACCUACGAUUCGGACAGUGCGUCCUAGCCUCCCUGGUGGUAGUAUUUAUUCUGGUCCACGAACCUUUUUGGAUAUGUGGGUGAGUCGAUCUAGUGCAGAACAGAAAGCUGCAAAAGAAGCCAGACCAGAAUUUUUGGGAAGGACUAAUGGUGAAGGUCUCCCUGGAGGUGGAAGUUUGGCGAAACUUUAUACUCACCUUAAAGAUGUAGAUCAGCGUGUUAAUCGAAGCAGUGACAUGGUGGUCGAUGGGUAGGCUCAAAAUAUAUUAGCAUUGUGAAUGAUAUGAGGAAUGUGUUUGUGUGUUUUAUGUGAUCUGAAUGUUUUGCAUUAACCUCUUGUGCUUUUGAUGUUUGCAAAAUCCAAUUUUACUUUACAGUGUGAGACAGAAUGUAUUUUUGUUCAUGCAGAAUCAAUGAAUAUUAUUUUUCUGAUGUCUAAGUUGAACUCGCAUGAAACUAAAUAUAACAUUUUUACCACAAUAUCUUGACCAAUUUAAUAUUUGCUUUCAUCACAUUUAAAUGUGAAACAAAGAAAUUCAAACAGUGUGAGAGUUGUGGGUGAAAAAUGUCAGAUAGUGACCCAAAAUAAUCACAUUCAUCAAAUCACUAUAUUUGAUAUCAAUUUCUUAAAAAUGAGAUAUUAUAUAAAUAUUUCAUGACAAAUUUAAAAAACCUAAUUUCAAGAUAGAUUAUUUUAAAAUAAUUAAAAUAUUUAUUAACUGUUGUCUUUGAAACUCAUUUUUUGGGAUAUUGUGUACCAUUUACACAAUCCAAGACAGAAUAAGUAUUAGCUUUCACAAUGUUUGAAACUUGUUUGUUUCUAGCUACUGGAAUCAUAUUGUUUCUGCUUUCUUGUUCUUUCACUUUAUUUAUUUAUUUAUUUUUUUUAAUGGUUUAAUAUAUUUAAAAUUUAAACAACCGGAAGAAUAUUUUAAAAUAAUUUUCUUCUAUUCAACUAUUAUGGAAAAAAUGUUAAAUAACCUGUUUCCAGGUUCAAUUCUUUAAAUUGUUCUAAGCAUUAGUCAUGCUUUCCAGGAAUUGAAUAAUGGUGACCUGUUUUAUAACCAAAUACUUUAUCCAUUAAGCCAUCAAGACAAGCAAUACUCCGAUCAUUUUCAUGGUCCUGUGAAUGCCCCCCUUAUGUGAUUCUCAAUAAUCACCUAUUCUAUGAACAUACGGAAUUCUAAAUACAUUUCGUCAUGUCAUAAGCAUUGUGACAAUUUUGUAAAGUAUUUAAAUUCUUUUAAACUUGGAAUAAUAUGUUUGGUCUUUAUAUCUUCUUUGAAAUUUCUUGACUUCCUCUGAUGGAUAUUCUGAAAGAAACAAGUCAGAGUUGUGCUUUAAAAUGAGUAGAAUUAAGAUGUAUUAUGUUGUCUUAUUAGCUUAAUGGUUGGGCUUGAACCAGGGUUUAAAUUCCUUCCUGUAGUGACUAAUACUUCAAACAGUUUUGUACUCAUUAUUGUGCAAAAAUCAAUAAACAAACAAUCACAUUCUGUCAUUUUGUGUAAAAAAAAUUAUUUUAGAAAAGAUAAGUUUAUAUCUGGUUUAUAUGACCUGCUUGACACCCUUUUGUUCAUUGCUGCUAAUAUUUCAAAAAAUAUUCAAGAAUGUGUAUAUACAUAUGUUAAAAUGAAAUUUGCAUGUUUAUAGACUUGUGCAGUUCCAUAAUAAAUAAACAAAAAGAUUUUUUGAAGAAAGAUAUUGCAUAUUUUAUGUUAUUUUUGCACCUAAUUAUUUUCCUUUACAAAUUAUGUAUGUUUUUAGGUAAUACC